GAGACGAUAGCAGGAGGCGAUGAGACAAGGAGAGAUUUAGAGACUGCAGCAGCACGAAGCGCAGGAGAACAGAGCCGACAGCAGCGGUGUCUAACUUGGUGUGACACAGUCCAGCUGAGAUAGAGGUCAGCGGGGCUUAACCUGCUGGGCCACCAUCUGAUUGGUGGGUGGUGAUGAUCGCAACAGGUGGAUUGCUGAGAAUCAACGCACGCCGACAGGACUCGCUAUCCAGACCACAUAAACCACACGCACAGAAGAAGAAGAAGAAGAAGAGGAGGAGUGAGGUAGUGGUGGUAAAGGGGAAGCUGAAGUUGUGUUCAGUCUCGGGUCUCGUGGCUGCACUUGGCAUUCUGGUUCUGGUUGUGGGUGUGGUCAUGGCAGCUCUGGGCUAUUGGCCUCGUGAUGGAUUGUUCUUCAGCUCUCAGCCACAGGAGGGCACCGCCAUGGCUUCUGUCUCCUCAGACACCCCAACAACUGCACCUGCUGAUGCCCAAGUGAGACACUACACCACUGACACUCGAGAAGUGAGAGAAGGUGUACUGCAAUCAGAUGACGUGCAGGAUAAUGGAGGAAGCGAUGAUGGUUUUAACCAGACAGAAACCAUAAAUGGGACGACCAGACAUCUUUCACAAGGUUUUCUACAGGACUUUCUGGACAGGUAUUUGUACUCUGAUAGACUGAAGGUCUUUGGCCCACUCAUCAUGGGGAUUGGCAUUUUCCUCUUCAUCUGUGCCAAUGCUGUUCUGCAUGAAAACCGUGACAAGAAGACAAAAGUCAUCAACCUGAGGGACAUUUAUUCCACUGUUAUUGACCUCCACAGCCUCCGGAAACCCAACACUUCCUCCUGCUGCUCAGCCAAUCCCCCCAACAGCAUUGUUAACUAUAUCCAAUCAAAGAGCCUGGAAGCCAAACCCAGGGCAUAUCCUGACUCCCUGAUAAACAGAAAGGGGGGAGGAGAAGGUGUGGGAGACAGUGGGGUGGGAGGUGGGCUGUUAACCAUGCAACCUGGCAGCAGUAAAGGAGCAGGGGAAGGUUGGGGCAAUGAUGGAGGAGGACACGCAGUCUUCAGUAUAUACCAGGAACAAACAGAUGCUCCUCCUCCCUCUUCCUCGCAGAGACUUUCCCUCCCCCAAAGUUUUAGCCCCACCCACCCCUCCACCUGCUGGACCACAAAGAAUAUGCUAAGCUCUUUCACCUUACCUCUGCGCCGCCCAAAACCCCCUGCGCUGCAGAGAAGGCACUCGGCUCGAGCCAGGACCAACCAGGGCUGGAGAGGGGACAAAGGAGAAGAGGAACAGCAGAGGAGGGACAGAGGAGACGACAAACCAGGGGAGGAGGGUUAUGGAUGCCCCCCACCUCCUCAGCGCUACUCUAGUCCCCCCCUAAAUAGACCCCUUCAGGAUUCAUUAACAGCUUCUUGCAGCUCCUCCGGCCUCUACAAGGAAGCACCGGGAGGCUCCCAGGCCCUGCUCCUCCUCUCCUCUUCCUCCCUCACCCCCUCCCACCUGUCCCUCUCCUCAUUUUCAUCCACACCACUGCCGCCCUGCAGGAGGCACAGCCUGUCGACCAGCAUCAACAUCACAGGUUAUAGCAAAUUAAAACACAGAGACAACGAUUCAUGUUCCUCAUCAUCACACAAAGUGAUAUCACAGGAUAGGCAUCAAAUGUCAGAGGAAGUGAAAUCACAAAGAAAGUACUCUAACAAAGAGAAGUUGAGGAUGAUCUCACAGAAAUAUUCUGGUCUGACGCAGAAGAAAGACCAAUCAGGACUUGACUCAGAGACUGACAGCACAACUCAGUAUAUGACCGAGAAACAUUAGGGCCACAUUCAAAGACUGUGUAAACACUGACUGUGUGAAGACGUCGAAAUGGUGUGCGAAUGUGGCUCUGCUGGUUUCUGAAUUAGCAAUAAGGAGUCUUCCAGAGAAGCAACAGCACAAUAUUCAAGAACCUGCUGUUUAGCUGUGUUGAUCAGCUCUCUAAACUCUCACUGGAAAAGUUUGUAUGGAACCUUUUGCCGGCAGAGAAUGUGCAACAAAAUGUUUCUGUGUUAAUGUGGUAGCUCUCAAAUAAGGGGAUAUUAGCCAUCAUCUGGAAAAUGUGUGGAAUGACUUUCAAUGUACGGUAUUCUGGGUUCCAAAUGAAAAAGUGCAGACUCAUCCAUCACUUUAGUCUUCUGCAUUAGUACAUGACCACAUAACUACAGAAGAGCACUGUAUCCACCAAAGUGUUUUGUGCCUCAGCCUUGUCAUGCUGGUUAUUAUUAUGGAUGCCCAGGUAAUGAUAUCCUGAGGAAUCUGAAGUCAAGCUGAAUGUAAGUGUUUUGUGUAUGAGGUUCGAUGUUAUUUCCAGAAGACCUGUAUUAUUUUUAUUUUUGUGAAUGCAGUGCACUUCUGUAAAAUAGCUUCAGUUUUUGUCAGUAUUAUGGAAAAUUGCUUGAAGUAAAAAAUUAAAUGUACAGGUAACACAUACCUGUUGUUCAUAUAAGUUACUCACUGUAGUGAGGAUUUCCCAUUUUGUUUCUACGACCUUUGCUGUGAGUUAGUUUUGACUGCAUAUCAAAAUGAAUCAGGAUAAGUCAGCAUUAAGCAAUCUCACUACAAAACCUUAAUUUCAAUUGUUGGGAGGAUGCCCAAUGUCUUUAAUUAUUUCUAUUAGUUUAUCAUUUGUACCCUGGAAUACUUGUAAGCUGGGUUCAUUACUUUCUAUCAAGUGUACAUGUUAACCUAAAAAGAAAUGUACUCACUUUUUCCAGUUGUUGUUGACUUGCCGAGACGAAGCAUGACUUCUUAGAUUUGACUGAUCCUAAACUACAAAGUUGUAGCUUCAUGGAGUCUUCCACUGAAAAUCUAACCUGCUUAACCUGAGUUUAAUCUAAGCACAAUAUCACUGAAAAUAAAGCACAUUAUG